GUCGAACGGUUCCAUGCAGAAUGAACGGCUGUUGGAUGAUGCGGUAUGAAAAUAGACGGUGUACCGUCGCCAUUUUACGGCACCUAUCGUGACCAGAGCCUAAGCGAGAGGUCAGCAGAGAGUCCUCCUAAAUACGUAGCUCUGAGGGACCUCUUUCUACCCCAAGAAACUGACGUUAAAAGUUUAACAAAUCGUCAACAACGACAGGAUUCGUCGACAUUUGAGUACGCUUGGUCCAUGAAUCGCAGUUACGCAGGUGGCAGUUAUCGCGAGAAACAAAAUGCGACAGAAGAAUGCGUCGAGAUAACGAACCGAAAUCCGAUAGCACGACGACUCGAGUAUUCCGAUUUCGAAGCCAACGAUUCGUUUCGCGAUGUCGCUGAUUUUUGCUUCGAUCGCGAAUAUUACGCCUGCACUCCGUCCGUAGCGAGGCCACGAAACGUUCAAGGGGAGAUUGUGAUGCAGACGACGCCCACGGUACCAACUUUUACCGGCAGACCCGGUGAUCCAUCACCGCCGGUUUUCGAGCAAAUUUUCAAGAACGCCAGAUUCGCGCAGGGUGGAAACGCAAUUUUUGAGGGUCGUGUAAGAGGAAACCCGAAGCCCACCGUGUCAUGGACACACAAGGGUGCACCGUUGUUGGAGUCAUGGAAAAUUCGAAUGUCGUACGAUGAUAAAACAGGAGCAGUCACGCUUCAAAUUAAUCAGAUCGGCCCUGGUGAUGAGGGCGAAUACACGUGCAGUGCUAAAAAUCAAUAUGGAGAAGCGAUCUGUUCCGUUUAUAUCCAACCAGAAGGAUUCGGACCUCCACCUCAGCAGCAACUAGGCGGUUACCGGAAGGAGUUCUCGCAGAGCUUCCAAUCCACCGAGCAAAAGAGUCAAACCGGAAGUCAGUCCUUCCAGCAACGCAGCUAUCAGCAAACGAUCGACAAACGUUAUGUUAAUGGCACCAGCACAAGCAUUGAAGAUUUCAAGGUGGACACGUUCGAAUACAGACUGCUGCGUGAAACCGAAUUUCGAGAAUCGAUUACUCGCCGUUUCGUGGGCGAAUCGGACGUACAAAUUUCGACGGUGGUAGAUCGUAACCUGGGACCGGUUGCACCUCCGCAAAUCACCCAGAAGCCGAGAAAUUCGAAGCUCAUUGAAGGAUCCGAUGCUGUUUUCACUGCGAAGAUAUCUGGCAAUCCGAAACCAAGAUUAACUUGGUUCAAAAACGGCCAAAGGAUCCGCGAAUCACAACGCGUGGAGAUGAGCUAUUCGAAUCAACAGGCAACACUGAGGGUCAGAGUAGCUUUGCCGGAAGACAGUGGCCAUUACACUUUGCUCUCGGAAAAUCCUCAGGGUUGCACCGUUAGCUCUGCAUAUUUGGCAAUCGAGUCGAGCGAUCAAGUAGAUCAAGCAUAUCAGACACAGAGAGAAGCCGUCAAGACUCAACAAGUAGAAUCUACCGGCGAAACCGACUCUGGCAAGGUUUUACCACCGAAUUUUGUUCGCACCUGCACCGAUCGUGAUGCUACCGAAGGAAAAAUGACUAGGUUUGACUGUCGUGUAACUGGCCGUCCGUAUCCGGAAGUGACAUGGUACAUAAAUGGCCAACAAGUGGCCAACGAUCUGACCCACAAGAUCCUCGUGAACGAAUCCGGAAACAAUUCUCUGAUGAUCACAAACGUGAGCCGCGCGGACGCCGGCGUCGUGACGUGCGUCGCAAGAAACAAAGCCGGUGAAACCUCCUUCCAAUGUAACCUGAACGUCAUCGAGAAGGAACAAGUCGUUGCUCCUAAAUUCGUCGAACGAUUCACAACGACGAAUGUGAAGGAAGGAGAACCUGUUGUGUUCAUGGCACGCGCGGUUGGCACUCCUGUCCCUCGAAUCACCUGGCAAAAGGAUGGAGUGCCAAUAACACCUGGACCGGAAGUUCGUAUAUCGACGGACGGUAGCGGAGCUUCAACUUUGGACAUACCCUGCGCAAAAUUGUCAGAUGCAGCUUGGUACCAAUGCACAGCACAGAAUGUAGCCGGUUCAACGGCUACCAGAGCACGGCUUUUCGUAGAAACACCGAAAGGAGUAGCCCCCCCCGAACCAAGACGCCUGAAUUUACCCCGACCGACGAAAGUCAUCGAACCUGAACCUGCGCCUGGCCCCGAAGUGAUUUAUUUGAGACACGUGGAACGCGCCAAGCCGUAUUUGCCUCCACCCGAGGAGGACCGAGUUUAUCCACCGCCACGUUUCAUCAUACCAUUAAGGGACGUCCAUCAGAUCGAGGGUGGACGGAUUCACUUCGAGGCCAGAAUCGAACCGGUGGGCGAUCCCACUAUGAGGGUAGAGUGGUACGUCAAUGGAAGAGCUCUCGAUGCGAGCUCCCGUGCGACUUCCAUUUUCCGAUUUGGCUUUAUCUCUCUCGACCUGAUCAGCAUCGUUGUACAAGACAGCGGUGAAUACGUAUGCCGUGUCGUGAGUUCGACUGGAGUCGCUGAAUCUCGAGCUACCCUCAGCGUGACACCACGCGCAACAAUCGAACAGGCUAGCCAACACCCCGACAGCCUUCAGUACAUUCAACAGCUCGAGGAUUACAGCAAAUAUCAAAGACAGGAGAGUGUGGAGGAGAUCUCUUCACAGCGGCCGGCCUUCAUCCGACCACUCCAGGAUCUAGGAGAACUGCAGGAAGGACGAAACGCCCAUUUUGAGGCGCAACUCACUCCUGUCAGCGAUCCGACGAUGAAAGUGGAGUGGUACAAGGAUGGCAGGCCAAUCACAGCUAGCUCAAGAAUCACAACCAUCUUCAACUUCGGGUACGUCUCGCUCAAUAUAUUGCACCUACGAGCUGAAGAUGCCGGUUCUUAUACUGUCAGAGCUGUGAACCGCUUGGGAGAGGCUGUCAGCUCCGCGUCUCUCCGUGUCUAUGCACGCACAAGCGUUACUACAGAUUUGGGAAUCCCCGAGCAACAGAGGUACAUCGAGGCUGCCGAGGAAUUGGAAGCAUAUCAACAGGCUAUGCACCAGAAAUACGUGCAGGAACAGCCUGAACCGACCAGCCCACCGGAAUUCAAAUCUCCUAUUAAGGAUCAGAACAGCAUACGAGAAGGCGGUUUUGCUCACUUUGAAGCACGCCUAGAACCUGUCGGCGAUCCUGACUUGAAAGUUGAAUGGCUUAAAGAUGGACGCCCUGUAGAAGCUAGUUCCCGUAUCACGACAUUCUUCAACUUCGGUUACGUCGCACUGACCAUCAAGUACGUGACCAUCCACGACGUGGGAAUAUACACUUGUCGAGCUUACAACCGCGCAGGAGAAGCUCACACGACCGCUCAACUGAGCGUGAUCAGCAAGAACGACGUCAUCUACGACAGUCAGCACCCAACUGGACUACAGAAGAUCCAAACCUUGGAAGAUUCCAGCAGAUACUCGCGACAAGUUCAAGAGGAGACGCAAGUCACUCAGGCUCCAAGAUUUCUGGGAACCUUGAAGGGCACCAAUAAAAUUGUAGAAGGUCAACGUGCCCACUUCGAGGCUCGCGUCGAACCUCAAAGCGACCUUACCAUGAAAAUCGAAUGGUACCACAAUGGGAAACCCAUCACUGCUGCGAACAGGAUUCAAACUUAUCAUGACUUUGGAUAUGUGGCUAUCGAUAUUCUUCAAGUCAGACCUGAAGACGCUGGUACCUACACUGUCGUCGCCAGAAACGCACUUGGAGAGGCGAAGUUGUCUGCUACUAUGGUUGUAGAAACACGUUCGAGUGUGGAUACCAGCAGCAUGCACCGCACGUCCUACGAGAAGACUCAGCGCCUAGAAGAAUCAAAAUUCGUCGAGCCUCAAUACCACAUCGAAGAAAUAUCAAAAUCGAAGCCAAUAUUCGUCCAGCCAUUAAGCGACCCGAAACCCGUGAGCGAGGGCAAAAAUAUUCACCUUGAAUGUCGUUUAGAACCGAUGGGAGAUCCGACAAUGAGAGUCGAGUGGUUCCAAAAUGGCCGCCCCGUUACUGUUGGCUCAAGAUUCAGAACUUACUAUGAUUUCGGUUUCGUCGCUUUGGAUAUCGUACAUUCGACAGUACUUGACUCUGGAGAAUACACUGUUAGAGCCACUAAUCAUCUUGGCACUGCUCAUACUUCAGCCUGUGUACGCGUUAUUGGAAAGUCUGAUGUUGUCACGGACACUCAGCAUGAACAGUCUUUGGAGCAGAUUCAGAUGCUUGAAGAUGCGGCGAGAUACCGCAAGACCCAACAAGAAGAAGUGACAGUGAUGCAAGCACCCCAGUUCACUCGACCCCUGCACAACAUCGAAACAGUCGAACUAACCAACGUUCAUCUUGAAUGUCGUCUGCAGCCAGUAGGCGACGCAACCAUGAAGGUCGAGUGGUUUGUAAACGGCCGACCAGUGAAAACCGGCCACCGAUUCCGACCCUCCUACGAAUUCGACUACGUAGCUCUCGACAUCCUCGGUGUCUAUCCCGAAGACUCCGGCGUGUAUACCUGUCAAGCCAGAAAUCAAUUAGGUGAAGCAAUCACCUCGUGCUCCGUUAGAGUACACGCCAAGAAGGACUUGUUGCUAGAGUCCCAGCAUCCUGAAGGAUUGGAGAGGAUCCAGUAUCUGGAGGAUGCCUCGAGGUACAAGAGACACGAGCUUGUCGAUGAGGUGGUCAAGGUUAAACCACGAUUUAUCACUGCUCCGAAGAACCAGGAAAAUCUUCGCGAAGGACAACACGCUCACUUUGAGUGCAAGUUGGAACCCGUGACGGACUCGAACUUGAAGGUCGAGUGGUACAAAAAUGGUCGUCCGGUUACUGUAGGACACCGAUUCCGUCCAAUACACGAUUUCGGCUACGUCGCCCUGGACGUGAUCGACCUAAUCGCCGAAGACUCCGGCACCUACACCUGCCGCGCUGUGAACCUCGUCGGCAGCGACGAAGUGUCAUGCAACCUAACUUGUCGAUCCACCGCCCAAAUUUUAACGGACACCCAGAACGAAUCGGGUCUCGAACAGAUCCACUAUUUAGAGGACAGGAGCAAGUAUCAACGACGGGAAGUUGUUGAAGAGACGACCACUCAAGCACCAAUUUUCACCACGUCCUUGAAUAACGUGGAGAUCAAAGAGGGUCAGAGAGCUCAUUUCGAGUGCAGGCUGAUCCCUGUGUCCGACGCAACGAUGAAAGUGGAAUGGUUCCAUAAUAACAAGCCGGUUAAGGCUGGGUCUAGGUUCGUUGAGACGAACAGCUUUGGCUUCGUCGCUCUGGACAUUAUGUACGCUUAUCCUGAGGACUCUGGAACGUAUACUUGCAGAGCGAAGAAUAUUAUUGGGGAAGCUAUUACUUCGGCCACUGCUGUUGUUCACUCGAAAAAGUCGAUCUACACAGAGACCCAGAACGAAGAGACCCUACAACGACUUCACUACCUGGAGGAUACUUCUCGAUAUCAACGUAAGACAACAACCGAAGAGACUGUCACUCAAGCACCAGUUUUCACGAUGCCUAUUAAAGACCUGAAAGUUGCUGAAAACCAAGCAGCUCAUUUCGAGGCUCGUGUGAUUCCCGUUGGCGAUUCGAAACUGAAAGUUGAAUGGCUACGGAAUGGAGUUCCGAUUGCAGCUUCGAAUCGCGUGACAACAAUGCACGAUUUCGGAUACGUCGCUCUGAACAUGAAAUACGUGAACCCUGAAGAUUCCGGUACCUACACCUGCCGUGCAGUGAACGACCUCGGAGAAGCGGUAACAUCAGCCACGCUUUUCGUUCAGUCCAAGGCGGCCCUGCAAUUCGAGUCGCAACACGAGAGCGCUCUAUCGAAGCUCCAAGCCCUGGAGGACACCAGCAGGUACCAGCGCCACGAGGAGGAGGAAAUCGUAGUGAAGGAGAAACCAUCAUUCACGGUCCAACUGAACGGACCCACCAGCCUCGUGGAAGGUCAAAGCGCACACUAUGAGUGCCGCAUCGAACCUUACCCAGACCCGAACAUGAAGGUGGAAUGGUUCCAUAACGGCAAACCAUUGUCCACCGGUCACAGGUACAGAACCACCUGCGACUUUGGAUUCGCUUCGUUGGAUGUCCUCACGGUAUACGCUGAGGACUCGGGCACGUACACUUGCCAGGCUACCAAUAAACUGGGGUCGGCGCAGAGUUCGAUCAAACUUGAUGUCAAAUCGCGCGCUUCGAUAAUUCGUGAAACGCAACACGAAAGUGCCCUAAAGAAGAUACAGUACCUUGAAGACGACUCGCGAUACAAACGCGUGGACCAGGAAGAUCUGAUCAUCGCUGAGAAACCGAAAUUCGGUCGUCCAUUGAAGAACAUAGAACACUUGCCUGAAGGCAAGAGCGCUCAUCUUGAGGCUACAUUGACACCUGUGAACGAUCCCACUAUGGUGGUCGAAUGGUUCAGGGAUGGUAGACCUAUUCCUCAGGGACACAAGUUUAAGACUACCUAUGACUUUGGAUAUGUUGCUCUGGAUAUUUUGUAUGCUUAUCCUGAAGACUCGGGAACUUAUAUGUGCAAGGCGAGGAACGCUGUUGGGGAAGCUGUUACUACUUGUGUCAUCAGUGUUGACUCGAAACAAGGAUUAUUCCUGGACACCUUGGACGCUCAGCGCUUGCAGAAGAUUCGCGAGCUAGAAACCGUGGAGAUAAAACAAGAGGUUGAAAAAGAGGUUGUACAUCAGAAGCCCGUUUUCUUGACUCCGUUAAACAACCUGGAUCACUUAAAAGAAGGUGAACAUGCUCAUUUGGAGUGUCGUGUCGAACCCAUCAACGAUCCAAACUUGAAAAUAGAAUGGUUCGUCAAUGGAGUCGCUGUAAAAACGGGACAUCGUUUCCGCAAGACUCACGAUUUUGGAUAUGUGGCUCUUGAUAUUUUGUAUACGUACCCUGAAGACUCUGGCACUUACAUGUGCAAGGCUACUAACUUAGCUGGCGAGGCUGUUAACACUUGUACCAUCAAAGUUGGCUCUCGUCGCAGUAUUUUGUUAGAUACGCAACAUCCUGAUGGCCUUGAAAAGAUUCGUGAACUGGAGGCUCAAGGACACCCAGCUCGAUUGGAAGUUGAAGAACCUCCUGUGACUCCACCGAGAUUCGUCACUGAGCUCAGGGGUACCACCGAGGUGUACGAAGGACAAACAGCCCACUUCGAGUGCCAAGUCGAGCCUCUUCACGACGCAAACCUAAGAAUCGAGUUCUUCCACAACGGUAAACCGUUACCAUCAGCUUCAAGGUUCCACGUGACAUUCGAUUUCGGAUACGUGGCUCUGGACAUCGGCCACGCAGUUCCUGAAGACGCCGGAGAAUAUUCCGUCCGUGCCAUCAACGCUCUCGGUCAAUGUGUCUCUUCCAUCGAACUCAAGGUUAUACCGAGAGACAACAUCAUUCUCGACUCUCAGCGCCCAGAAGGAUUGGAUAAAAUCCGAGAACUAGAGGCGCAACAACCUUGGAAGAGACCUGACAUACCCGAACCGCAGACGAGACAGAGACCCGUCUUCACUCAACCUUUGCAGAACAUCGAUGCUAUUCCUGAAGGACAAACUGCGCACUUUGAGUGCAGGUUGAUUCCGGUGGGAGAUCCCACUUUGAAGGUUGAGUGGUUCAGAAAUGAAAUCCCGCUUGAGACAAGUUCAAGAAUCACCAAAGUCCAUGACUUCGGUUAUGUGUCCCUGGACAUCACCCAUGUGCGUGAAGAAGACGAGGGUGUUUACAUGUGUCGUGCGUCUAACCCACUCGGUGAAGCUGUCACCACCGCUUCCAUGAAGAUCAGAAGUAAAGCAAGUAUCCAGUUAGACACCCAGCACCCUGAAGCGCAACGCAAGAUCGCCCAACUAGAAGCCGACAAACCGAGCCGACCCGAAGAGCCAGAGAAGGUAUUCGACAAGCCCAUUUUCACGCAGCUGUUGACUGGGCCCACGGAACUCUGGGAAGGUCAGAUGGCAAGAUACGAGUGCAGAGUUGUACCUGUCGGAGAUGCAAGCUUGAGAUUCGAAUGGUACAUCAACGGAGUCGAACUGAAGAUGGGAUCUCGUUUCCACGUGAGUCACGAUUUCGGCUACGUGACCCUGGACAUCCUCAAAGUGAUAACCGAAGAUUCCGGUGUAUACACUUGCAAAGCAAUCAACAAAGCCGGCGAAGCCGUUUCCUCGAUUUCCCUCAAGGUUAAAGCCCGCUCAGCCAUCGAUGCUGAAAGUAUCCAACCCGAUGCCUGGCAGAAGAUCCAGCUCAAGGAAGCCGAGAUGAACAAGGUGCCCGAGAUGUUUGUUGACACAACGCCCCAGCAAGCUCCAGUGUUCACUAAGCACCUUGAAAGUUUCGACAAGCUCGUGGAAGGUCAGCAUGUGUACCUGGAAGCUCAGGUGGAACCCAGAGCUGACCCGAACCUUCGCGUAGAGUGGUUCAAGAACGGAGUGUCCCUCCAAACUGGAACCAGACUCCGCAGUACCUUUGAUUUUGGUCUGGUGACGUUGUCCAUCAACGGUCUUAGGGCAGAUGAUUCUGCCAUUUAUACUUGCAAGGCUACCAACCUGCUCGGAGAAGCUGUGUCCACAUGCAGCUUGAAGAUCGUCGACCGUCACUGGCUGUUGGGCGACACCCUUCAUCCAGACGCUAUCCCGAAGAUUGACGCCCUGGAACAACCUCGCGUCACAACGACGGAACAACCAGAGCCUACUUAUGAAGAACCCGUGUUCAUCACUCAUCUGAACAACGUUGAGUGCGUGGAAGGUGACAAUGUGCACUUCGAGUGCAACGUGGAGCCCUCGAAAGACCCUACGAUGAAGAUCGAAUGGUUCAUCAACGGAAAACCGUUACCUACCGGAGCUAGGUUUAAAUCGACCUACGACUUCGGUUACGUCGCCCUGGACAUCACCCACGCCUACGAAGAAGACUCUGGACUGGUGAUCGUCAAGGCUACCAACUCCAAAGGAUCCGCACAGACGUCAGGCACCCUGAAGUGCACUAGCAAACAGAGCAUCUACCUGCAGACCCAACAUCCGCAAGGAGAGGCCGGUUUGGAGAAGGUCAAAGAAGCUGAGGACGCUUAUCUGUCCAAAUACAGGAGACCAGACGAAGGACCAGAACAUGAGUAUCCAAAACCGAUAUGGACCGUGCCCCUGCAGCCCGAGUUCAAGCUGGGAGAGUCCGAGCCUCUUCAUCUGGAAGGCCAAGUGGAGCCCAAGGACGAUCCAAACCUGAAGAUCGAAUGGUACUUCAACGGCAAAGCUUUGGAGCAUGGAUCUCGCUUCAAGAUGACUAGCGACUUUGGAUUCGUCACCUUGGACUUGACUGACGUGUACGAACGCGACUCUGGAAUUUAUACCUGCAAGGCUUACAACAAGGCAGGUGAAGCAUUUACUUCAACAACCAUCUAUUGCUCCACCAAAGAGAACAUUAUCGAGAGAUCCCAGCAUCCGAAGGGUAAGGAAGGUCUGGAGGCUAUCCAGGAUCUUGAAGAGUCACUGAAGAGACAAGAAGGUGCUCCUCCAGAGAGCGAGGAAGGUCAUCCACCUGUAUUCACCUCUCAAUUCGAAAAUCUAACCAACUUGUCCGAGGGAGAGAUCGCCCACUUCGAGGCCUCUCUGACCCCCACCGGCGAUCAGACGAUGGUUGUCGAAUGGUUCUACAACGGCAAGCCUCUGGAGGCCAGUCAUCGCACCAGAACGGUAUACGCCUUCGGCAUGGUCGUUCUUGAAGUACUCGGAACGAAGAUCGAGGAUUCGGGUACUUAUUCCUGCAGGGCCACGAACAAAUGGGGCCAGGCUGAGAUCAGCGUGCAACUGGAAUGUGUGGAUAAGUCCAAAGGACAGAAGCCCAAAUUCACCACUCACAUUCAGUCUCUGGAAGGUCUCAAGGAUGGCCAAUCAGCGCACUUCGAGUGUACUCUGAUUCCGGUCGGAGAUCCUCACAUGAAGGUGGAAUGGUUCCACAAUGGACAACCUCUGAGACACUCGUCUCGAUUCAAGAUGGUCUCCGACUUCGGCUUCGUCGUGAUGGACAUCGCUGGAGUGAUGGCCCACGACACUGGCGAGUACGUGUGCAAAGCCAGCAACAAGUACGGCGAGGAUUACACGAAGGCCACCCUGAAAUGCUUCGGAAAGAGCGGAGUCUAUUUGGACUCCCUGCAACCGGACUCUCUGGCCAGGAUCCGAGAGUUGGAGAGCUACGGCGGAGAACAACCCGCCACACCGACCACACCGGUCGCUGAACCGCCUAAAUUCAUCACCCAGAUCGCUGACAUCACCAGACUGGUCGAAGGACAGUCCGCCCACUUCGAGGCCAGACUCACACCUGUGAAUGACCCAGACCUAAAGGUAGAAUGGUACUACAAUGGCAAGAAACUGCCUCAUGGACACCGGUACAGAACCUUCCACGAUUUUGGUAUCGUCAUCUUGGACAUCUUGUACUGCUACGAAGAGAACUCUGGAGUGUACGAGUGCAGGGCGUUUAAUAAAUACGGAGAGGAUACUACCAAGGCAACCUUGAAGUGCUUCUCCAAAGCGAGUCUCAUUUUGGAGAGUCAGCUUCCGAAGGGAAUGGAAGGUGGUCUGGAGAAGAUCCAGACUUUGGAGGAUUCAAUGAUACGUACCAAAGAUGAAAAGGUUGUCGAAGAACGUGGCAAGGCACCCGUGUUCACGGUGCCCUUGAGCAACAUCGAUGGACUUCGAGAGGGCGAGAGUGCGCACUUUGAAGCUAGACUUACACCCACGGACGAUCCAAAACUAAAGGUCGAAUGGUUCUGGAACGGAAAACCAUUGCGAACCGGCUCUCGUUUCCGCACCUUCUGCGAUUUCGGCUUCGUGAUCCUCGAGAUCUCGCCGAUCUACCCUGAAGACUCCGGCGAAUACAGCUGUAGAGCAACGAACGAGUACGGCGAGGCAGUAACCACCUGCACCAUGAAGUGCACGGGCAAACGUAGCAUAAUCUUGGAAUCCCAACUGCCGAAAGGAAUGGAGAGCACCAUCGACAAGAUCGCUGAGCUUGAAGGUCUUGGAAACGAGCCAGGUCAAGUAACGCCGGACGACGACACAGGAAAACCACCGGAAUUCGUUACCACCCCGUCAGAUUUGACCCUAACCGAGAACGCCUUAGCGCACUUCGAGUGCAGACUGACUCCCAUCAACGACUCCAGCAUGCGAGUCGAAUGGUUCCACAACGGAAAGCCUUUGCUCGCCGGUAGUAGAAUCAAGACGAUCCACGACUUUGGAUUCGUCAUACUUGAAGUAGCCAACUGUUACCAACGUGAUUCUGGACUGUACACCUGCAAGGCAACGAAUCGCCACGGUGAAGCUACAGUAUCCUGCAAACUGCAGGUCCGUGGUCGUCAAGGUAUCAUCCUGGAACCGCAACUGCCAACCAACUUCAAGACCGGAACAGAGAGCAUCCAGAAACUUGAGGAGGCUUUGUAUAAGCGAGAUGAGAUACUCACCGAAGAGGAGACACCUAAUCCUCCGAAAUUCACCGUGGAACUGAAGGACAUCGAAGUGGAAGAGGGAGCACCCAGUCACUUUGACUGCAGGGUCGAACCUGUGGGCGAUCCGACGAUGCGCAUCGACUGGUACCAUAAUGGACGAUCCUUUGCUACCGGGUCGAGAGUUCAUCAAAUCAAUGACUUUGGAUUCAUAUCGUUGGACAUGUCGUACACUUAUGCCAGGGACAGCGGCGAAUACGUUUGCAGGGCUACGAACAAGUGGGGCUCUGCUACUACUAAAGCCACCAUCACUUGCAAAUCCAAGAAAACGAUAGACUUCGAAUCUCAGCUACCAUCCGGAAUGAGCGGUGAGAAGCUAAAGGAACUGGAACGUGGUCCAGUAAGCGAGCCACCAGUCGAGGAACCACCACGACAACCACCAAGAUUCAUCACACACAUACAAUCAGCGACCGUGGACGAAUCAGAACCAGUCAGGUUCGAGUGUCGCGUGGAACCCAAAGAUGAUCCAAAUUUGCGUAUCGAGUGGUACAGAAACGGAAAACUAAUCCCUGCUGGGCACAGAUAUAGGACCACAUACGACAUGGGCUUUGUGUCCAUGGAUAUACUGUACGUGUACCCUGAAGACUCGGGCGAGUACGUGUGCAAGGCCAUCAAUGACCUUGGAGAGGACACCACUAGGGCAUCGGUGUCAUGUAAAAAGUUGCCCAGCAUCAUCUUACAGAACCAAGUGCCAAAGGGUAUGAAGAAAUCCGAAGCCUUAAUGCAGAUGGAAGCCACAAUCAAGAAGUACACCUCCGAAGUGCAUCUAACCGAAGACGAUCUCUACGACGCUGACAAGAAACAGCCACCUCGCUUCGUCACCCAGAUCCAAGACCAACUGGAACUCGUCGAGAUGAACAGCACGAAAUUCGAGUGCCAACUGGCGCCUGUCGGUGAUCCAAACAUGAAGGUCGAGUGGUUUUUCAACGGCAAACCUCUGCCCCAGAAGAACCGAUUCACGCCCAUAUACGAUUUCGGCUACGUCGCGAUGAACUUCGGCUGGGUGUACCCUGAAGACAGCGGAGAGUACCUUUGCAGAGCAACGAAUCUUUAUGGAAUGGACGAAACUCGGGCGGUGAUCAGAACUGCUGGCAAACCUGGAAUUAUUUAUGAGUCGCAACUGCCUAAGGGCAUGAAGAGUAUUGAGAAGAUCAGGGAAAUGGAAGCUGCAUGGCAAAUAGUACCUGAGGAAGAAGGCGAAGAGGAGAAGGUGCGGGCACCUCCAACGUUCGUCAGCAAACCAGAGCCCGUCACCGUAGAGGAAGGUGACUGGUCCAGAUUCUGCUGUCGCGUCACCGGCCAUCCACGUCCUCGAGUUAUGUGGAUCAUCAACGGCCACACCGUUGUUAACGGAUCGCGUUAUAAGCUAACCUACGACGGCAUGUACCAUCUGGAUAUCCCCAAGACGAGACAAUACGAUCACGGCAAGGUCGAAGUGAUCGCUAGGAGCUCGGUUGGCGAAGCUCGCACUGAAACCACUUUGACAGUGAAACCAAGAAGCGACGAUUAUCGCGGAGUGCUGAAGAACUCACCAAGACCGUGGUAUGAUUACGGGCUGACACAAUACCAAACGGAGCGACAGAAUACAGAACUCGAGAAAGUUUUCGACGAGCGACAUCACAACGUGUCUCAAGGGAUCGAAAUCGCUACGGAACAUCUUGGACAGAAGGUGUUCAAGGAGCCUGAGACGGAGUGGCAGAAAUCUGUGAAGAGCAAAAAGAACGAAGACUAUUAUAAUAAAUUGAUGACUCUCGAAGAAGAACAGAUCUUAAAGGAAUCGAGAUUAAGGGAAUCUAGUCAUCAAUUUGCUAUUCCUGGUGAGAAGGUUGUUGCACACUCUGUGGCGAAGGGGAUGGCUCAGAAAUAUGAAGAAACUUUAGAGGACAAAGAAGAUAAAAAGACCCAGGAAACAGUGACAAGACCCGUCCGAAAGCCCUUCACAACGGAAGUGGACAUCGACGUCGAGCGCAUGAAAACUUCCGGCAAGUAUCCUCCAGAGCCCUCCGAGUCCACGGUCCACGGCCGGGAGGUGCACGUCGCCAAACAAAAACAGACCCAAAAAGAAGUGAAAGGUGACCUGGAGAUCACCCGAAAGAUAACCGCAACAGAAACCACCGAAGUGGAGCACAAAGCGAAGACACAAGAACGCGUGGUUCAAGGACCCGUAAAACCAUCAAAACCCCCGGUGUUCACCAAGAAGAUUCAACCCUGCAGAGCUUUCGAGCAAGAACAAGCUCGAUUCGAGGUCGAGUUCGACGGUGAUCCACUGCCGACUAUCAAAUGGUAUCGCGAAGAUUUUCCGAUUCAGAACUCGCCGGAUCUUCAGAUCUACACAUUCAGCACGAAGUCGGUGCUGAUCGUUCGACAGGUGUUCAUGGAGGACUCUGGUGUCUUUUCCGUGAUCGCUGAAAAUAGGGCUGGAAAAGCGAAAUGCAGUGCUAAUUUGGUGGUUGAGGAGCGGAGGAGACAACCGGGAAGAGGAGGUGUAGUUCCUCCUAGUUUCUUGUCGACUAUUCAGAAUACUUCGGUGAACACUGGUCAGCUGGCGAGAUUCGAUGCUAAGGUUACUGGGACUAAACCUUUGGACGUGUACUGGCUGAAGAACGGCAAGAAGAUCACAGCAGACAUUCGUUACAAGACUCUCGAAGAGGACAACACUUACACCUUGUUGCUCCUGGAGACAGUGCCCGAAGACUCGGGCAAAUAUGAAUGUGUCGCCAUAAACAGUGCCGGAGAAGCCCGUUGCGAUGCCGAAUGUACGGUACGAGGACCUCAAUCACCAGCUAAGUCGGCGAAACCGACGACACCUGGGGUUGAAAAGGCACCCACGGUGUUGGAACCCUUGAGGGAUCAGACCAUCAAGGAGGGAACCUCUGUCGCGUUCUCUUGUAGGAUCACCGGGAAACCGGUUCCUACUGUGCAGUGGAAGAAAGGAGAUAAGGUGAUCAAGCCAUCGAAGUACUUCCAAAUGUCAAAAGAGGGUGACUACUGUACCCUGAGGAUCUCCGAAGCGUUCCCCGAAGACGAAGGCGUCUACAAAUGCAUUGCUAAAAAUCCAGCAGGUGAAGUGACAACAUCGGCGAACCUCAGAGUCCUCGCUCCUGACGCAGCUGAUGUUCUACCAAAAUUGACUCCCUUGAAGGAUCAAAUUGUGAGCGAAGGACAACCGGCUCAAUUUAAGACGCAAGUUACUCCAUCGAAGCCGAAGCCUACGAUCCAGUGGUAUCGCGAGGGCGCCUUGAUCCCUCAAUCACCUGAUUUCCAGAUGAUUCACGAAGGCAAUAACGCGGUGCUCUUGAUCGCGACCACUUACGAAGAGGACACUGGCACCUUCACCUGCCGAGCUACCACAUCAGCCGGCACAGUAGAAACCUCUGCCAAACUCAUCGUCAAAAGUGUUGGGGGCAAGAAAGUGUCGAGAAGAACAUGGGAGAAAAAGGAGGAAUCGAUCGAGGACUUUAAGUCCGUGACGUUGAAACCCGUAAAACGCGAACGCGCGCCCGAGGAGAAGGAAAAACUGGAAGAAGUGACCUUGAAGCCUGUCAAACGCAUUCCACGUGAAGAAGAAGAGAAAGAGGAGGAGAUUCAACUGAAACCCAUUCCGAGACGCAAGCCUGAAGAGAAGCCGCAGACAGAAGUGACACUGAAACCAUUCCAGAAACCGAAACCCGAAGAAGAAAAGCGUGAAAGACCGGAAUUGAAACCGUUCGAAAGACCGAAACCGGAAGACAAGGUGCAAGAAAAGGUGCAAUUGAAACCGUUCAAACGAGAAAAGGAAGACUUGGUUCCACAGAGAGUUACCGAAAAGGUGGAGGAAGAGGAGCAGCAGGUUGAAACUGUGUCCUGGAGAAGAAAACCGAAGAAAAAGGAAACUAUCGUUCCUGAAAAGCCUGGUGAAGGAGUUGAGGAGAUACAGUUUUUAGAGGACACGACUUUGCUGAAGAAAAAGGAAGAGACCAUCGAGGACUUCAAGUCGUUGGCCUUGAAACCGGUCAGACGAGGCAAAGUCCCUGAAAAACCGGAAGAAGAGAAGCCUACAGAGACUGAAGAGCUACCUUGGAUCAGGAAACCGAAACGAAAGGUUCCUGGAAAACCAGGUGAAGAAGUGGAAGAAAUACAGAUACUGGAAGACACCACGUUAUUGAAGAAGAAAGAAGAAAUGGUUGAGGACACUAGAAAGUUGGGUAGACCAGUCAGAGUUCCUGAAAAACCGGAAGAAGAGAAGCCAACGGAAGUUGAAGAGGUGUUUUGGCGAAGAAAACCCGGGAAGAAAGAGACCGUUGAGAAGACGGUGGAAAAGGUAGAAGAAGAAAUACAGAUGGUAGAGGACACGACUUUGCUGAAGAGAAAAGAAGAAACCAUCGAGGACUUCAAGUCGUUGACAUUGAAACCGGUCAAACGAGGCAAGGUUCCUGAAAAACCGGAAGAAGAGAAACCUACGGAGACUGAAGAAUUACCUUGGAUCAGGAAACCGAAACGAAAGGUUCCUGAAAAACCUGGUGAGGAAGUGGAAGAAAUACAGAUGCUUGAGGACACGACAAUACUGAAGAAAAAAGAAGAAACGGUGGAGGACACUAGAAAGUUGGGUAGACCAGUCAGAGUUCCUGAAAAACCGGAAGAAGAGAAGCCAACGGAAGUCGAGGAGGUGUCCUGGCGAAGAAAACCGAAGAAGAAAGAGACCAUCGUUCCUGAAAAGGUCGUUGAAAAGGUGGAGGAGAAGAUAAAGAUCGUAGAAGACAAAACGAUAUUAAAGAAGGAAGAAGAAACGAUAGAGGACACCAAGUCGAUCUUCAAACCGGUUAAACGCAAAAUUCCUGAGAAACCGGAAGAGAAGCCCACCGAAGAGAUACCCUGGCUGAGGAAACCUAAACAAAAGGAGACCGUUGUUGAAAAGGUACAAGAAGAAACAAAGAUUGUAGAGGAUAAAGUGAUCAAGAAAAAAGAAGAAACUAAGGUUGUAGAGGAUAAAGUGAUCCAGAAAAAAGAAGAAACGAUCGAGGACUUCAAAUCAAUGACUUUGAAACCGGUUAAACGAGGAAAAGUUCCUGAAGAGAAGGAAGAAAAGGAAGAAGUUACCCUCAAACCGGUGAAACGUCUUCCGAAAGAAGAAGAAACCAAGGAAGAAAUUACGUUAAAACCCGUGAAACGUCUUCCGAAAGAAGAAGAAACUAAGGAAGAAAUUAAGCUGAAACCGGUAGAGAAGAAAGUUGAAGAGAAGAAACCCUUGAAACCGGAAGUGGCUCCUGAAGAAGAGAAGCCUUCGGAAGUGUCCGAAUUGCCUUGGAAACGUGGACAGAAGAAGGUAGUAGAGAAGAAAGAAGAAGUCACAGAGGAGAAAAAGGUAGAGGAAGAAGAGAAAGAAGUAAGCUGGCGAAAGGCACGAAAAGAAAAAGUGCAAGAAGUAAAGAAAGAACAGGAGGUUGAAGACUUCUCUGCUGUAGUGUUGAAACCCACGCGAAGAGGCAAGAAACCGGAAGAGAAGGAAGAGAGAGAAGAAGUGACACUAAAACCGGUUCAAAAGGUACCGAAAGAAAAGGAAACACCGGAAGAAGUGACUCUAAAACCACUGAAGAAACCUGAAGAGAACGGAGAGGUUCCUGAAGAAAAGACGGAACUGCCAUGGCGACGUGGUAAGAAAGAGAAGAAAAUUGUGCCGGAAGAGUUGAAACCCGAAGAGGUGCAACCCAAACCUGAGGAAGAAGUUCCUGAAGAAAAGACGGAACUGCCAUGGAGACGUGGUAAGAAACCGGCAAAGAAGAUCGUUCCUAAAGAAGAAAAACCUGAGGAGGUACCCAAACCUGAGGAACAGGAAGUGAAGGAAGAAAAACCUAAGAAACCAAAGGUAGAGAAGACGACUGAAGAACAAAUAGCGGAAAUUAAGUUAAAGCCUGUUAGACGACUGGAAAAACCGGAGGAAGCCAAACCUGAGGAAGUUACGUUGAAACCUGUGAAACGACUUCCGAAGGAGGAAGAAGAAAAAGAAGAAAUAAAACUCAAGCCGAUAGACAGAAAAAAGCCGGAGGAAGAGAAACCAGAGGUUAAAUUAAAGCCUUUCAAACGGGGAGAAAAACCUGAGGAAGCUAAACCUGAAGAAGUAACCCUGAAACCUGUCAAACGACUUCCUAAAGAGGAGGAAGAGAAGGAAGAAGUGAAACUCAAACCAAUAGACAGGAAGAAACCGGAGGAAGAGAAACCGGAGGUUAAAUUAAAGCCUUUCAAACGAGGAGAAAAACCUGAAGAAGCAAAACCUGAAGAAAUAACACUGAAACCGGCUAAACGACUUCCAAAGGAAGAAGAAGAGAAAGAAGAAGUGAAGUUGAAACCAUUUAAAAAAGAAAAGCCAGAAGAAGAAAAGCCGGAGGUUAAAUUAAAACCUGUGAAACGUUGGGAGAAACCGGAAGAAGAGAAACCGGAGGAAGUAACGUUGAAGCCGGUUAAACGACUUCCUAAAGAAGAAGAAGAGAAAGAAGAAGUGAAGUUGAAGCCGUUUAAGAAAGAAAAACCCGAAGAAGAAAAGCCGGAGGUCAAACUCAAACCUGUUAGACGAUGGGAGAAACCGGAAGAAGAGAAACCGGAGGAAGUAACACUCAAACCGGUUAAACGACUUCCUAAGGAAGAAGAAGAGAAAGAAGAAGUUAAAUUAAAACCAAUAAGGAAGGAAAAGCCAGAGGAAGAAAAACCGGAAGAAGUAAAAUUAAAACCCGUUAAACGACUUCCUAAGGAAGAAGAAGAGAAAGAAGAAGUGAAACUAAAACCAAUAAGGAAGGAAAAGCCAGAAGAAGAAAAACCGGAAGAAGUAAAAUUGAAACCCGUUAAACGACUUCCUAAGGAAGAGGAAGAAAAAGAAGAAGUUAAAUUAAAACCAUUUAAGAAGGAAAAACCAGAAGAAGAGAAACCGGAAGAAGUAAAAUUGAAACCAGUUAAACGACUUCCUAAGGAAGAAGAGGAGAAAGAGGAAGUUAAAUUAAAACCAAUUACGAAAGAAAAACCAGAAGAAGAAAAACCAGAGGUUAAGUUGAAACCUGUUAAACGGCUAGAAAAACCUGAAGAAGAGAAACCGGAGGAAGUUACGUUGAAACCGGUUAAACGGCUUCCCAAGGAAGAAGAAGAGAAGGAGGAGGUAAAGUUGAAACCGAUUACAAAAGAAAAGCCAGAGGAAGAGAAGCCGGAGAUUAAAUUGAAACCAUUCAAACGACCUGAAAAGCCGGAAGAAGAGAAACCGGAGGAAGUGGUACUGAAACCGGUAAAACGACUUCCUAAAGAAGAAGAAGAGAAAGAAGAAGUGAAACUCAAACCUAUUAAGAAAGAGAAACCAGAAGAAGAAAAGCCGGAGAUUAAAUUGAAACCUGUCAAACGACCUGAAAAGCCAGAAGAAGAGAAACCGGAGGAAGUGGUACUGAAACCGGUGAAACGACUUCCGAAGGAAGAAGAAGAAAAAGAAGAAGUGAAACUCAAACCAAUUAAGAAAGAAAAGCCUGAAGAAGAGAAACCUGAGGAAGUCAAAUUGAAACCUGUUAAGCGAGUUGACAAACCGGAAGAAGAAAAACCGGAGGAAGUAACACUAAAACCUGUGAAGAGGCUUCCUAAGGAGGAAGAAGAAAGAGAAGAAGUGAAAUUAAAACCAGUUAAGAAAGAAAAACCAGAAGAACAGAAACCUGAGGAAGUCAAAUUGAAACCUGUCAAACGGCUUGAGAAACCGGAAGAAGAAAAACCGGAGGAAGUGCAAUUAAAACCUGUGAAGAGACUUCCCAAAGAAGAAGAAGAGAAAGAAGAAAUCAAACUGAAACCUGUCGUCAAAGAAAAACCGGAAGAACAAAAACCUGAAGAGGUAAAAUUAAAACCUGUGAAGAGGCUUCCUAAAGAGGAAGAAGUAAAAGAAGAAAUCAAACUGAAACCAGUCGUCAAAGAAAAACCGGAGGAACAGAAACCUGAAGAAGUCAAAUUGAAGCCUGUGAAACGACCAGAAAAACCAGAAGAGGCUAAACCAGAAGAAGUGACAUUGAAACCUGUGAAGAGGCUUCCUAAAGAAGAAGAAGAGAAAGAAGAAAUCAAACUGAAACCAGUCGUGAAAGAAAAACCGGAAGAACAGAAACCUGAAGAGGUCAAAUUGAAGCCUGUGAAACGACCAGAAAAACCAGAAGAGGCUAAACCUGAAGAAGUGACACUGAAACCUGUUCCAAAGGUCGUUGAAAAGGUUGAAGAGAAACCUGAAGAAGAAAAGCCGGAAGAAACCUCGAUAUUACCAUGGCGCCGUGGCAAGAAGACGAAGAAAGUUGUCGACUUCCAAGAAGAAAUAACUGUGGUACCCAUCGAUCAAGAGAAGGUCAUUACCAAAGUCCACGAAGAAGAAACGAUCGUGGAACAGAAAGUGGAAGCGAAGGAAGUUGUACAGCAAGAAAUUAGGGAAGAAAGGAAAGAAGUAGAAAUCAAGGAAGAGAAGAAGGAGGUACCAUGGCGAAGAACGAAGGAAGUCGUCGAAAAGAAGGUUGAAAUCGAAGAAAUCAAACCUGAAGUGGUUGAAGAGGUCACUGAGGUGUCUGAAGUGUCCUGGAGAAAGCCACGAAAACCGAAGAAACCGGUAGAAGAAGUAAUUGAAGUGAAGGCUGAGGAGAAACACGAAGAAGUUAUACAGAAAGUCGAAGAAGAGAUAACAGUGAAGAAAGUGGAGAAAGUACCCGAGAAACCUGAAGAAGUAGUCCUCAAGCCUGUGAAGAAAGAAAAGGUUCCCGAAGAGGUUGAAAAGGAUGAAGUGAAAUUGAAACCAGUUCCAAAGAAACCUAAAGAAGAAGAGGUUCCUGAGAAGGUAACUCUGAAGCCAGUGAAGAGAGAGAAACCCGAAGAGAAACCAAAAGAAGAAAAACCAGAACUGAAACCCGUCAGGUUAGAAAAACCAGAGGAGAGGGUAGAAAAAGAAGAAACAGUAAUCGAAGUAACAAAGAUAGAGCGCAAGAAGCCUGAAAAGGAAGAAGUUACGGAAGUCAUAGAAGAGAUCACAGAAGUCAAGGAAGAAAAACCAGAACUUCCUUGGCGAAGGCCGAAGAAGGUUGUCGAAAAGAAGAUCGAAGUACAGCCAGAAGAAGAGAAAGUUGAAGAAGUCACUGAAGUAUCGGAAGUGUCGUGGAGAAAGCCUCGCAAACCGAAAAAGCCAGAAGAAGAAAAAGAAGUGGUCGAACUGAAACCGGUCGAGAAACGCGAGGAAGUUGUCAAAAAGGUCGAAGAAGAAAUAACCUUAAAGAAAGUGAAGAAAGAACCUGAAAAAUCUGAAGAAGUUGUCCUCAAGCCUGUAAAGAAAGAGAAAGUACCUGAAGAGGUUGAAAAGGACGAAAUGAAAUUGAAACCAGUUCCAAAGAAACCUAAAGAAGAAGAGGUUCCUGAGAAGGUAACUCUGAAGCCAGUGAAGAGAGAGAAACCCGAAGAGAAACCAAAAGAAGAAAAACCAGAACUGAAACCCGUCAGGUUAGAAAAACCAGAGGUCGAAGAAGAAGAAACAGAAGAAAUAGUCGAAAUAACAAGAAGAAGACCAAAGAAGAAACCAGAAGAAAUCGAAAAAGAAGAAAUCCAAGUAGAAACCAAGGAAGUCGAAGUAAUCGAGAAAGAAGAAGUCCAAAUCGAAGACCGAAAGAGAAAACGCAAACAGCGUACUCAGGUCGACAUAUCGAUCAUCGACAAAGAUAAGAAAAUUGCACCAAGGUUCAUCCAAAAACUUCAGCCCGUUAUCGCUGAACCAGAAACCACCGCCAAAUUCACUUGCACCGUGUUUGGCAAUCCGGUUCCGGAAAUUACGUGGUACAGAAACGAGCAAGAACUUCACGCUAGCGAGAAGUAUAUAAUGACAGUGUACGAAACUACGGCUUCGUUGGAGAUCACUAAAGUGAAGGAGGAGGACGCUGGAAUGUAUUCUUGCAGAGCGUCGAACCCUGCAGGAGUCGCUACGUCCACCGUCAAUCUCGUGAUAUUCGAAAAAGAAGAAGAAGGCAUAGCCCCACACUUCUCGACACCCAUCAAGCCCCUGAUGGUCGAAGAGCACAAACCAGCACUGCUAGAGUGCGUGGUAACGGGAACGCCAGUACCGGAAGUGAAGUGGUACCGCGGAGACCAAGAGCUCAAACCCAAGAAAGGCAGAGAGAUCACCUUCAACCCAGAAACCGGAGAAGCGAAGCUACACAUCCUGGAGCCAACACCCGAAGACGAAACGAUUUACCGAGUGCGGGCAGUGAACAAAUUCGGUCGAGCCGAGUGCAGAGCGAAUCUGGUGAUAAGCGACGCGGUUAAAGUCACCAAACCAGAAGUACUCAGAGCACCGAAGAUCACAAGACCCUUGCCAGCGUUGGUCGCUGAACGCGGAAAGCCUCUGACGCUGUCCGCGGACUUCGAGAGCAAACCCACUCCGGAAGUGAAGUGGUUCCGCAAUGGCGUCGAGUUGGUUCCUUCUGAUAAGAACGUCAUCAAGAUCUAUGAGAACACUGCGGAAUUGUUCAUUCCUGAAGUGACGAAGAAGGAUGGAGGGAAGUAUGAGGUCCGCGUGCAGAAUCCUGUUGGUGAGGCUAGGAGCUCUGGGUCGGUUACUGUGAAGGAUAAGCCGGAUAAGACGGACGAAGUGAAGGCUCCCAGGUUCAUUGAGCCUUUGCAACCGCAGAUAGUUGCAGAGGGAGAGGUCGUGAUUAUGGAGACGAAGGUUGAGUCCUAUCCGACGGCGUCGUUCCAGUGGUUCCAUGAGACUCGUCCUUUGGAGUCCACACCACAAGUGAGGAUCGUCACCCAAGAAAACCGAUCGAUCCUAAUGAUCAAAGAAAUCAAAUCCGAAUACGCCGGCAUCUACACCUGUCGCGCCGAGAACGUCGCCGGAUCGGUCACUUGCACAGCCACCAUAAAUCUGCUGGAAACCCCAUGGGAAGAGACUGUCGAGCUAGUUUCCCCGACGUUCGUCAAACGUUUGUCACCGGUCAGAGUGAUGGACGGCGAAAGCGCGAACCUAACUUGCGUGGUCCAAGGAAAACCUACUCCAAAAGUAGAAUGGUACCACGACAAGAAACCUAUCAAAGAGGGAAAAGAGAUCACUAUUGUACAGGACACCGAAGGCGUCUGCAGCUUAGCCAUAACCGAGGUGUUCCCCGAAGAUGCCGGUGAAUACACUUGUCGUGCCGUGAAUCCUGUUGGCGAGGCUGUUUGCACGACGUCGCUUAUCGUGGAAGCAUACGAGUACGUACCGGACUCGGAAAUCGCGUCCUCGAUUGUGGCGACAUCUUUGACUACAGGGCAAAGUGGUUCGGAAGAGGAUCUCUUAUCUCCCAAGGAAACUCCACUGUUCGAUACGGACACAGAAGAAUCCCCGCCGGAGAUAAUCAAGAAGCUUCCUCAGUUAGUUCCCAGCAAAGAUGGAGAAUUAACCAGACUGGAAGUGAAGGUCAAAGGAAAACCGAAGCCAGAAGGAAAAUGGUACAAGCAGGGCGUAGAGAUCGUGCCAUCGCAAGAGUUCCAGAUCGAAGAGUUCGAAGAUGGCACAUCGGUAUUGACGAUCGCCGAAACGUAUCCCGACGACACGGGUGAGAUUGUGUUCGAAGCGCACAAUCCACUCGGAGUAUCGACCACGACGACAUAUCUGUCGGUAGAAGGAAUCCUCGGAACGAAAGAGUACAGGAAGCCAGAAUGGGUGACCCACAUGGAGGAGAUGCAAGAAGCUCUGCGAGGUAAGAGUCGUUCGAGACCUUCUCAAGGGAUCGAUUGCAUGCUGAGUGAAGCCGAGUGCAGCUUUUCCACCGACAGUCUCGACGAUCGUGCGAUUCGAGACGAGAACUCGCAGAAAGACAGCUCGACAAUGAUUAGCGAGUUCUCGUCAACGAGGACCCUGAUGAACAUCGACGACGAAGGUAAGAGGUGCGAAGAGGAGGAAGCUUCGAAAGGGUUCUUCCUGUCGAGGAGAUACUCGGACACGGAGCACGAACUGGACAAGUACUCUUGGGAGAUGAGUACCUCAACCAAAGAAGAGACCUUCAAAAACACCCUGAAGAUCGAAAUCACGGAGCACUCCCCGAUAAACGACCGGAAGAGGGUGAAGUCUGAGAAGGUAUUGAAAACAAAGAAAUCAGAGAGUUCAGUUAAAUCAACGAAUGUCUCGAAGUCGAAACGUGAUGUAAAGUGUCAGAAGAGUCCCGUGCGGGUUUCUCGUUCACCCAAAAGGUCUCCGUCUCCCGUUCAAAAAAGUGUGAAGGAGUCAAGUGAAAGGAAGAUGGCUGAUAAGCCUAAGUCUCCAAUAAGAUCUGAGAAAUCGAAGCACAGGUCAACCGAUAAAUUAGUUACAAAAUCGAGGAGCGUCAAAAUCAAGGAAGAAACUAUAAAGAACACUGAGAGUGUGUCAGCAGAAGAGUCUGAGAAGAAGAAGAAAAUAAUUUUGGAUUUCAACGAAUUUCCGCCACCGAGGUCCGAGAAGAGAAGCCACGCGGAGAGCCUCAACGUACCGGAAGGUGGAUGUCACUUGUCGCCUAUUGAAGAAAACAGCGAAGCGUCCACCGGAAGUGGCCAGAGCAAGGUGGUUGCUGAGACUUACUCUGGGAAGUCGAUGGAGGCUGGACUGGAAUAUGAUCACAGUAGAAAGUAUCAUACUUAUCCGAAAUCGAGAAUACCGGUUGCUCGGUGGUCGAAGGAGAGGAGGUUUGGGAACUUCAUGAUGGAUCCCAAGAUGUAUCCUUUGGAGCCGAGGGAAAUUGAUCUGGAGGCGUUCCAGCAGCUGCAUACGGCGGAUAGUCAGGAAGAGUUGCAGGAGUUUUUGUUGCUGGAAAGCCAGUGCAGCGGGAAUCUGGGAUUGGCGGGGAAUAUGUCGACGUCCGAGGUGUCGUGCAGCGAACAUCACAGCGAGGACGAGAGAGGCACCAUGUCAGACUACUGACAUCGGGGUCACACGAGUCGUACAAUCACCAACCAAGAAAUCAGCCACGCAAGCUGUACCACGAUUCAUUCAAGAGAUAACAGAUAUUUAUGUGAAGGAAGGUGAGGGCGCGGUGUUCGAGUGCUCUUAUUCAGG